AAAAUGUCGACAGGUAUCAAGGCAAAGGAUGAGGUCCACGGGGGCGAGCAGGUCGACGCUGUGUAUCCCGAGGUCUUGGUCAACCCGGAUCUCAUGGGCGAUGCCGUCGACGGCGAGAACCGCGAGCAUGAGAUGGGCGUAUGGGAGGCGGUCAAGAGCCAUCCCUGGGCUUGUUUAUGGGCGUUUAUCAUGUGCUUCACCAUCGUCAUGGAGUCGUUCGACAUGUUCCUGAGCGGUAAUUUUGUCGCGCUCCCCGCGUUCCAAAGAAGGUACGGUGUCCAGGUGGAGGGAUCCGGAUGGACGAUCCCAACCAGGUGGCAGAGCGCCCUCUUCCAAUCCGGGCAAUGUGGUGCUUUUAUCGGGGUUUUCUUGGCCGGGCCCAUCACCAACCUUCUCGGCUACCGCUGGACUACCAUGUUGGCCCUGAUUCUUAUGAACGCCACCAUUUUCAUUUCCUUCUUUGCCGACUCACUGACCGUUCUUACGGUUGGACAAGCGCUGGAAGGCGUUCCUUGGGGACUCUUCAUUGCAAACUCCCCCGCCUACGCCAGUGAGAUUGUUCCUCUCGCCCUUCGAGGUGCCUGCACAGCUACUCUGCAAAUGAGUUGGUCUAUCGGUUCAAUCAUUGUCGCCGGCGCCACCUAUGGCUACAAUCAGCGAGACGAUCAGUGGUCUUGGCGAAUCCCUCUUGCCUUGCAGUGGAUAUUCCCCACCCCCCUCUUGGUCCUAAUCUUCCUCGCCCCCGAAUCUCCUUGGUGGCUUGUUCGUCACGGACGCAAAGAGGAAGCCCUUCGCUCUAUCGAGCGCCUCGGCGAGAAAUCCGGAAAGAACUCUCAACAGACACUGGCCAUGAUGGAGCGAACCGUUGAGAUCGAAGCUCAGAUUGGUGGUACCCCUUCCCUCCUCGACCUUAUCAAGGGUACCGAUUUGAGGCGAACAAUUAUCACCUGCUUGAUGUACGCGUCACAGAAUUUUGCUGGUAACCUGAUUGCCAACCAGGCAACUUUCUUCUUCGAGCAAGCCGGGAUCUCGACCAACAAAUCUUUCCAGCUCAAUCUGAUCAAUUCGUGUCUUUCAUUCGUUGCCAACGCGUGCUCCUGGUUUCUCACCGCCUGGUUCGGUCGUCGAACCAUUUAUCUCUGGGGCACAGCCACCAACGUCGUGCUGCUCUUUAUCCUCGGCAUCUGCGCUUCUGUCCCAACGAGCAAUGCAAUUAAUUACGCCCAGGCCUGUCUAGGUAUCAUCAUCUCCUUCGUGUUUGCCGGUACCCUCGGACCGAUCUCGUACACCAUCAUUUCCGAGACGUCCUCAGUCCGUCUUCGCGCUUUGAGCACCGGUGUCGGUCGCGCCGCCUACUAUGUUGCGGAGAUUCCCAUGAUCUAUCUAGCCUCGCAGAUGCUCAACCCGACAGGAUGGAACCUCGCUGGGAAGUGCGGUUACGUCUGGGGAAGCACCGCUUGCGUCUGCUGGGGGAUGGCCUUCUUCUUUCUUCCGGAGCUCAAGCAUCGCUCUUACCGUGAAAGCGAUAUCUUGUUCAAUCGCAAGGUUCCUGCCAGGAAGUUUAAGUCGACCAUUAUUGACGUCAAGGAUAACGAGUAAGGCAUGGGCGAUUGGUGAGAAGAAAUAAAACACUUGGUGAGCUUCCGCAGCGUGAUGACUGAGAAAAGAGUCUAUAUUUCGGUUCAAUAAAGGUGGGAGAGUGCUUCACGUGUGACUUGGGGAUAUGGUAGUCCAAGCUGUCCAUAUCGAUGCCGCGGCCAUCAGGCGCAAACUACUGUAGUCCGACCGAGGAGGACCACAGGACUCGGACGGUAUCAGGUGGCGCU